AUGCGCACCGUCGAGUCCCUGCAGACGUUCCAGGUGACCGAGGGAAAGGCCGCGGGCGGGAAGACGGAGCCCAACCCGGCGCCAGCCAACAGUCCGAAUCCUGCCAUGAGCCCCGCGCAAAGGGGUCGCUAUCCGAGACGUCCGCCGCCCGCCGUUCCCGCCACACCCAUGACCAAGGCGCCGAAGCUGGCCAGGGUGAGCCACCGGCCAUGA